AUGCCGCCAAAGACGAGAGACUUUUUUGCGGAUCCCGACUACGUGCUGUGGGACCAAAACGAGGCCAAAAGUGAAGCAUGGAGGAAAUCCGUGCUGCAGAUGGACGUCUACCGCGGCAUAGUCGAGCUCAUCCGCAAGUAUCGUCCUGGGGAACCCGCCGAGCUGCAUCGGGCGGUGGUAGGUUCCUUCAACAUUGUCUUCCGCUUGGAGUACAAGGACGGCAAAUCGGCCGUGUUGCGCGUCCCAGCAAAGCACCGCUCCCAUUUCCCAGAGGAAAAGAUACGCUACGAAGUAGCUAUGAUGAAAUAUAUCCGCGCGCACACGACUAUCCCUGUUCCUGAAGUCUACGCAUUCGGCACUGCCGCUGAGAACCCUCUCGGAAUCGGCCCUUUCAUAGUUAUGGAAUACAUUGACCAUCACCGAUCGCUAGGUGACGCCCUAAGCGAUCCCAACGGCGAUCCAAAAAAGGGCCAGAUUCUGUACCCGGAUAUCAGCGAGAAGAAGCUCGAGUACCUAUACGAGCAGAUGGCCGCCGUCCUGCUUCAACUAUACAACCUUGAUUUCUCCAGAAUCGGAUCACUUGUUCUUGAUGAGAACAAGAACGGCAGGAUGCAAAAGGAUGUCGCAUCCGUGGCGGGACGGCCAUUGAUACUGAACAUCAAUGCUCAUGCGGACUGGACUUCAAUGCCGCGAAGCUUGCUGCCAUCCGGGACGUAUACGAACGCAGAGGCAUGGUACUCGGCUAUGGCUGAUAUGCAUAUGCUUCAACUCAUCUUCCAGCGUAAUGACGCCGUUGAAGACGAAGACGACGUAAGGGAUAAGUACGUGGCGCGACGACUUUUCGGGCGGCUUGUCUCUUCGGGCAGCAUAUCCGCCCUGUUCAAUCAGGUCGAGUCAUCUGAACUGCAGCGAUCCGCAGAAGGGAGCACGAGCAUCCAGAAGACGGGCACAGGGCCCCCCUUCAAGUUAUUCUCGGAGGAUCUGCGGCCCACCAACGUCCUCGUUAAUGAACAUGACAAGAUCGUGGCCGUAGUCGACUGGGAGUUCGCGUAUGCUGCUCCCGCCCAGUUCGCGCGUGAUCCGCCUUGGUGGCUGCUCUUGCGGCAACCACAAGACUGGGUUGGCGGUAUUGAGGCAUUCAUCAAUGCCUACGAGCCCCGACUUGGCACAUUCGUGGGAGUCUUGCGACGAUGCGAGGCCCGAUCAGGCACACUCCAUGCAUCUCAUCAUGGACAUGAGAAACCUCUAUCACAGCAUAUGCAAGAGAGCUGGGAUAAGAAGCUCUGGAUUCACAGCAUUUGUUUGCGCGAUACCUGGCUUUUCGACCACUUGUUCUGGAAAUAUGUCGAUCCGCUUUUCUAUGGAUCAAACGAGGACUGCGAUUAUAAGAAACGGUUGAUUCUUCUUACCGAGAAAGAGAAGGACGCAAUGGAGCGACUUGUCAAGAUGAAAAUGGAGGAGAAAGAGGAAGAGAAGGUGGUGGAGUGGGAGCCAGAACGCGCCAAGGCUUUGCUGGCCACGUUUGUGUGUGAUUGAGCAAAGUUAUCCGACACGACGCUACAUGGAAAAAGAAGAACUGC